AGUGGGAGGAAGAAAGAGCAAGGAUAGGAGGCAGCGCAGUGCAGUGAGGGAGGGGGGUGAGGAGAGAGAACGAGAGCAAUGUAGAAACAGGAAGCUUUUGCUGCUACAGAGCCAGUGAGACGCAGGCUGGCAGAGGGGGAAGACGAAGAGAGAGAGGGAGAGGGGGCCUCCUGGCAUCUCUGAGACAGGCCCAGAGAGGGGGGAGAGGGGCUCCAGGAGCACCACAACACAGAGAGAGAACAGUGGAUGGAGAAGCAGGAUCGGAGGGGGAAAAGAGGCAGGGCGAUAAAAUCAGAAACAGGCUUUGGCAGGAGCGGAGGGAGUGGGUGGGACCUGCGCUGAGGAGGGAAAAUAAUACAGAAGGAAAAAAAGUUUUGAAAACUGAGGAAACAGCAGAAAAGACAAAGCAUAUGUUAAUGGCCAAAGCAGGAGGAGAUACAUGGAAAAAGAUCAUCAUCCGUCAGCAUGUUCUCUGACAGCCGGGCCACCACAACGCCCAGGGAGCAGAAGGGCUUCAAGCCACACGCCCCCCACUUCAUCCCAUGGUUGCGCAACAGUCUGAAGGCUCAACACAGCAGCGGCGACCUGGGGCUCAACGGGACGUACAAAUCUAGCUCGGAGGGCUGCAACAGCCUGAACCCACUGGAGAGGGCCAUGGGGAUUGGUUUCUUCUCCAUUCAAGGAAAGGACCGGGCAAAGAAGGGGGAGCUCCGAUGUAAUGGCAUAGGGAUGCUGCCAGUGGUGUUGAGGGGGCACCACAUCCUGCCAGGCAGCGUGGGGAAGCAGGAGGAAGGUCCUGCCAGGUGGAACAAAACUAAAGAGCUGGAUGUGCAACCCAACACUCAGCUCAGCCAAGAAGGACCGCCUGACAGUUCUUCCUCUGCACCGGAGAGCCAAAAUGUUGGCCAUACAAAUCUCUCUCAGACUCAGAAAGACACGAGCAGCCCCUCGGUGAGGAAAUACAGGCCUUUAGUGGGGCCCCAUCCUACUACUGUACCUGCGCAGGCUGAGAAGCCCAACUGUAAUGCACCUGUUGUGGUGUGCAUGGAGGACAGGGAGGAGAAGAUGUGGGACUACACCAGUCACACCACCUCCCGCCAGAGAGAACUUCAUUCGUCCAGCUGGCUGAGCUCAGACGCCCAGGAGCUCUUAGAGAGGCAGCACGGGUUCAGCUCCAGCUUCAGCUACAUCAACAAACACAGCAGGAGCUCGCAGAGUCAGAGAGACCUAAGAGCCCUGAGGGAGCCCUUCAACAGGCCCCUCAACCGCCUCCUCUACUCCACCGAGACCCCUCCUGGAGGCCUGGGCUGCACCUCAACUCUGAGAUGCCCGAGGAAACCCAUGCAGAACUCAGAGCGGAUUGCGAUCCUGGGACAGAACCAGACAUGGGUACAGCACAGACCAAACAGAGAACACAAGCCACAGAGGAAGGGAGCAGGUUGCAACAGAAAGGUGGUCCGAAACCAGAUCAAACGAGUGGUGGACAACCUGGAGCAGGUUCUCACAUCCCUGAGGGACAUCCAGCAGGAAAUCAAAGAGGUUGUGCAGCAGAUUGACUAUCUAACCUCCUCCAUUGAUCUGAAUGAUGAGGAGCUGCAGAGGACUGCAGAAGAAGCUAAGCCUCCCAGCGACAGCAGCUACAGUUCAGGUUCGACCUCCAGUGAAGUGACAGUACACGGCGCCCAGCAGAGGCCUACGGGCGCUGAAAACCAGCCAGGAACUGUGGACUCCUACGGUACCCUCAGCAGAGAGGAUCACAGCAGAAGUCAGCCAUCACAGAAUGGACAGCUGCGCUCCAUUACCUCGGGCUUUCUGUCAGAAAGGAGUCGGACUGUUCGAUUAACUUGUGGUCCCAUACCCUCCCCUAGAAAAAGUAUGUCUCGGGCACACACAAAUAGCCUCCCUCCAUCUAAUCCAGCCCCUCUUAAAAAGCCGACCACCCAAGAUCACAUUCUGUCUCCUAAAAGAAGUCUCCCUGCUCGACCUCCCACUCCUGGGCUUUCUCCUCUAACAGUGAACCUCCAUUACCCCAGCAGCCCUGCAUCACAGCCUCCCUCCCCUCUGUCUCCAAAGCCUUAUCCACCCCCCGCCCUCAGCCCUUCUGUCAUCAUACAGACCAAAGUCGGGCCAUACCAGACCCCACAAAGCAAUCUCCCAUCUGCUUGUCCACUCUCAUCGUCGCUAACCCACUCUCUGUCUGCCAGCUGCCCACCCAUCAACUCUGAGACCAAAAGUUUUCCCCUGCACGAUAAAGAAAGGCGAGCAUCCUCAGCGGGACCCUCGCAUGCCUGCACCGUUUCCGCAGGAGCAGCUAAACCACCCACAGGACAAGGCCGUAGGGGCCGCAAGCCCCCACCUUACCCCCAUCACAGACUCUCUGAGCCCACAAAGAAAGUGAAAGAGCCCCGCAAAGCUCCUCCAUACCCUGAGAAAAGAAGGCUGCUCUCAACCACCGUGUGAGACAAUGCAGCAAGGGGGGGAGGGUUGGGGGGGGUGGGGGGUGGCAGCCAAUCGAACAGAGGCACAUACACAGCACCAGUAACAUGUCUGCAAGAGUCGGGAGUGAUUUAAGGCGGUUUAAGGCCUGCCAACUUCAACCGAGAUCAAGUUUCCAGGGUGACGGGGUGCAGAUGCAACUCAGGGUCAAGAUUCAGAUGUGAUCUUUUCCUGUUCUGACCCCCCCCUCCCUAAAAGAGAGAGAGAGAGACUGGACUGGGGUGACAACGGGACCGAGCGCUUCCUCCACUCCAGGGGACCGCCUCAACAUGAGAUGAAAGACCCCGAAGGUACGCCUAACCCAGCUAAUCCAAGAGCGGAGUCAAAUCAGAGAAAUCCUCAAAUCUGAAUUCAAUCCUUGGACACUGGUGCUGUUUGAGGGUUUGGAUCAAUUCUGGUAAGAUAAAGAAGCUGCAAAGCAUGAGAGAAAGAUAGAGCGUAAAAAAGUAGGGGAGAGAAGAGAGAGGUGAGAGGCAUGUGAUCAUGAAGCACUUCUGAAACCUGCGCAAUAUUCUCACUGAUCCCCACAUGUGGCGCCGAGAGAUGAAAGCAAACGGGUCAAGAUAUCUCGUCUAGAAACGUCUGUGAAUGCUUUACAUUUUAUUGCAUUUGAGUUAAACAUCUAUAGGCUGUCAGCAACUGUUUCAGACUCCAAUUUCUAGAUUUUAUAACGCUCUGGACAUUCGAGUACAAAACUUCAGCCUAGGUGGGGGUUAUUAUCUCCACAAAUCUUGAAGCAACACUGAAGUUUCCUUAUGAUUCAGCAGAGUGGGUAAAGGGCUGUUUCUCCACUUCUUUGGCAUCUGAACAAACUGAAAGAGCUUCAUUUCAAAAUCACACUACAUUAGGACUACACUCUGGAUUUUCUAGACUUUACUCUUGUAAAGUCAUGUAGAAAUUAAAAUAAACCGGAGCUGCAGUGCUUUGUUUGGCAGUUAAAUCAGAUCAAGUUUAGGAACCAGAGAUCCUGAGAGUACUUCCUCUUACAAGCUAAUAAAGAAGUGAAAUGACGGCUCUUUUUGGGUUUUAUUUUUGGUCAAUGAGUUGGACAAAUAGUCACGUUUAAUGUGGCAGAUAAAGGAACUCACCUGAAUAUAAAUCAAGCAAGUCCUUUAUAUUUGAGACAAUUAGAUUUUUAUCUUUUAGUUAAUGGAAUAGGGAAUAAAGUCUGGAAAAUCCAGACCUUUCAAGACUCUGUAGGAGCCCUGCAGCUAACCAGCCACGGUCCGGUUCCUGGUACCGAAGGCUCAAAAAGUUCUGGUUUCAAAACCACAAAAAUGAACCAUUAUAUGUCCCAAGGUGUAAAAUCAUUUUAAUUAGAUGCCAGAGAGGGUGCAGGAGUUUGAAGCAUGAAGUAAAACAGUUUUACCCUUUCACUACAUGCUACUGCACACUGCUGCUCAGUUGGCUUAAUGAAAGCUACUCUACGUUUCCCUCACUUACAAGAAUGAUACAUUUCUGCACAGAACCGAUUACCGGAUUAAUAUAUGUAUGCAAUACUUCCAGAAGGACAAAAAUGUAUUAUAUUUCCGCACAAUAAGCACUUUAAAGUACUGCGUGUGUUUCUUUCUGUUUUUUGCUUAAAUCCUUUUAUAAAUAAAAAAAAAACCCCCACAGACAAACUUUUUAAAAACCAUUAUUAUAACUGAUACUGUCAACAUGUUAUAUUACUAGUUUUUUUCAUUUUAAAUAAAAGCAAUUAGGUCACGUUAUAUGUUUUUGUUUUAAUGUAUAGUAUAAAUACCACGGUCAUCAUAUAGUGAAUAAGACACAUUGCCCCAUGGCUAGCUCAAACUGGUCAUCGGUUUGCAAAAACCUUACUGCAUUUUGAUUCUCUUCUGUGAUGUGUUCUUUGAUGAGUACAGCUUUUAUCGGAAGAAACAGCAGAAAACAAAAACCUGGCUGCUGUUUGAAGGGAUCAGAUGCGGUGCUUUGAGUUAUCUGCAGCAGAUGUAGACAAACGGAGACACUGAAGUGCUUUCUUUCAACAGCAGCGCGGAUCACAACGAGACAGAGCAACGUCUACUAGUUUAGAUGUGUGCUGCUUUACAAUAUCGGGGAUUACUCCCUCUCCUUUCAGGAUUA